CAGUCCUGACGUCACGCUGACGUCACCACUCACGCCCUCUAGCUGUUUGUAUUCAGAUAUCGCUGCUCAUAAAGGAUAAUAACUCCCCCACAGCAGGAUUUAACAGGACUGAUUUGUUUCCAACAUGGUUUGCGGUGGAUUUACUUGUUCCAAGAAUGCCCUGUGUUCCCUGAACGUGGUGUACAUGCUGGUGGGGCUGCUGCUGAUUGCAGUGGCAGCGUGGGGGAAGGGUUUCGGCCUGGUGUCCAGCAUCCACAUCAUAGGAGGGGUCAUCGCAGUGGGCGUCUUCCUGCUGCUCAUCGCUAUUGUAGGACUCAUUGGAGCAAUGCACCACCACCAAGUCAUGCUUUUCUUUUAUAUGGUAAUUCUGUUCAUUGUUUUCCUGUUUCAAUUUGGAGUUUCAUGUUCCUGCUUAGCAAUGAACAGAGGGCAGCAGGAAGUGCUUAUAAGAUCAGCCUGGGGUAUCUCGCUGAAUAAUACUAAGAAACACUUGGAGAGCCAACUGGACUGCUGUGGGUUGUUCAACAUCACUGACAGUACCACACAGUUUGAUUUGGAUUUUCAGGAUUGUCCUGCUCCAUGCAAAACGAAACAUAGCUGUUCGACCUGUGGGGAAAAGAUGUUGAAUCACGCGACAGAGGCCCUGAAGAUCCUCGGGGGCGUCGGGCUGUUCUUCAGCUUCUCAGAGAUCCUGGGAGUGUGGCUGGCCGUGCGCUACAGGAACCAGAAGGACCCGCGGGCCAACCCCAGUGCUUUCCUAUAGUCUGGCCCACAGGCCAGUACAGCACAUUCAAGUUCAGACACACUGGUACUGGUAAUAUAACACAUGUAAAAGGCACACACACAAGCAGACAACAAAUCCAAAGUCCCAUCAUGCACAGCACAGAAUGGACGAGCACACUCGGCAUCAACCCACACUGAGGAGCAGAACACACACGUCACCAGACACGGGAGAAACUACAGCCAGAGUUCAGACUGGAACACCUGUUACUCAUGUAUGAAAGGAUUCUAAUUCUUAGAAGUGAAAGUUUUUCAGCCUUGACUUGAGUAGCAGAUUUACAGAUUUCAACAUGCUAAUUCCCAGGUGAUGUGACAUGUGUUCAUACGUCUAUUACCCUGCAGACCAACAACAACGUGGUAAAUCUUGUUCCACACACACCAUAAAAAUGACUAACGACUUGUAUGAACUUUGAAUUUUUCCUCUUCUAUCUAUUGUAGUGCCACCAUUUUACCGCACAGUGCUAUCAGUGAAAUGUAACUAAACAUCUGAACAUGUACAGUGUGAUGAGGGGGAAGCCUUUUUAACAUGUGCUAUAAAAGAUGUUUUCUGAAAUGUAUGCAAGUUUUGUUUUGUUUUCCCUGGAUUUCUCAAAUGUCGGGAGUAGGAUUUAAGAAGUCUGAUUUAGGAAGCAUAACUGCUAGUCAUUCAGUGUAAGAUAUUUAACUGUAACUGAGCCAACUAACUGUCAGCAACAUUCAAACCCCACAGACUGCAGCCUAAUUGUUGUACAUAACUUACUAGUUAGGAGCAGCUUCCCCUCCGCUGAACGGUUUGCUGCAGAGAUGAGGUCUGGGAAGGCCUCGAUAAUCCACCCUUCCUGUGUUUAACAUGCUCUUUUGUGAUGUUUUAGUAAAGGUCCUUGUGGUAGAAGAGUGAACUGAGGUACGUAUCGUUGCCCUGGCUGUAACUGAAAAAUACCACAAAAGAUUUUCCUUUUCUUCUUGUUUUUGGGGAGGGUACGCGGGGCGGGUGUGUGACCAAAACUGUUUACCAUGAAUCAUGAUCUCAAUUGUUAGAAAAUGCUGCCUAUAGCCAUUUUUCUUCUGUUUAAGAUUUUUGAAAAAUGUGUUUGUUUCUUUUGUGGAGUACUUGUUCUCUUUUGCCAUUGUCCCUUUCAUCAGUGUUGGAAUCUUUAAACUAUGCUUGUCUGAUAUUUUUAGCAUCUAUUUAAGUUUGAUGCAAAUUAAGCGGUUGUCAUAUGACAUUUUUCUGUCAUCUCAUAAAUGUUCAUACAUUCUGUAUUAAGAAAAUGCUUUUUUCCCUCAUGUUUUGCUUUUAACUUAAAAAACAAAUGCAAGCUGUAAUUAUGUCUUACUUCAACCUGUCAUCUUUGCUGAUAUGGAUUUCUUGCUGCUGGUUUGCUGUUCUCACUGAUGUACAUGGAACAUUUUCACAGAUCUUAUGUCAUGUAUGACACAUUUUCAAUUUAUGUGCACUUGUUAUUUAAAUGUAUUUAGAUUUUUUUUAGACUUAAUUUUACAAAUAUUAAAGUCUCAAAUUGGAAA